UGUUGUCUAUUUCUGGGCUCGCCACCCCCCUGAAAGCACAAAAGAAGACGGCAACGCAAGCAAUUCUACAAGUCGAGGCGAGUUUGUUUUCGACUGAAUGCCCAACUACCAGUCCUCUGAAAAUGGCUAAACUACAGUCUUUGAUUGUGUUUGUUAAUGAACGUUUAACAGUGGCUGCAGUGGAGAUUUUAGACGUUGUAGAGAAAGUGGUCGCCGAGGACCAGGAGGAGAUUUCCAGAUCUGAAGAGGAGAAUGACCGACUACGGAGACUAAUGCGGAUCACACCAGAAAUAAAACUACGUAGAAUAGACUCCCUCCACUUCUCUCUCGCUGUCUCUGAGGAGGAGGUUAUCCCUGAGCAGCAGCACUGUGAGCAGGAAUGGAGCCCCAGUCUGGAGGACCCAGCUCCCAUUCAGGUUAAAAAGGAACAGGAGGAUCUCAGGACCAGUCAGGAGGUUGGGAAGAUUCAAGGGCUAGAGGCUGACCCCGUAGAGUUCAUAUACACUCCUCCCUGUGUGAAAAGUGAAUGUGAUCCGGAGGAUCAACUUCAGUCCUUGACUCUUCCCCAAACGGGGAAGCACAGAGAGAGUGAGCCUAAACCAGUGAUUGUCAAUCCACUGAAGAUGUCUAAACUACAGUCUUUGAGUGUGUUUGCUAGUGAGCGUUUAACAGUGGCUGCAGUAGAGAUUUUGGGAGUAAUAGAGAAAGUGGUAGAGGAGUACCAGGUGGAGAUUUCCCAAUUUAAAGCGGAGAAUGACCGGCUAGGGAGACUGCUGCGGAUCACACCCAGAAUAAAACGAUGUAGAAUAGACCCCCUCCAGUUCUCUCCCGCUUUCUCUGAGGAAGAGGACCCCACCCCCGAGCAGCAACACUGUGAGCAGGAGUGGAGCCCAAGUCUGGGGCAGGAGGACACAGCGCCCACACAGAUUAAAGAGGAACAGGAGGAAAUCAGGACCAGUCAGGAAGUAGGGCAGCUUCAGGAACAGGAGGCUGACAUCAUAUUCACUCCUCCUUGUGUGAAAAGUGAAUGUGAUCAGGAGGAUCAACUUCAGUCCUUGACUCUUCACCAAACGGUGGAGUACAGAGGGACUGACUCUAAACCAGUGAAUCGCAAACCUUUUGUCACUGUGACCCACCUUGACAAUCCCUGUGACCCUCCAGAUAAUCAAGACAAUGCCUCCUGCCACAGAUCAGCUGCAAGCAGCGAUCCAGUAGGACUUGACAUCAGCCGACCAUUGGAUCCCAACCCACCAUUGAAGAAACCCAGCACCACGUCUAAAAAACCUCUCACCGGGAAAAGAUUGAAUUGCAAGGGGACCCUAAGCAGGCACAUACAGACUCAUACAGGAGAGAAACCCUUUAGCUGUGGUUACUGUGAGAAAAGCUUCAAUCGCAAGGGGACCCUAAAUGAGCAUGUAAAGACUCAUACAGGAGAGACACCAUUUAGCUGUGAUGUCUGCGGGAAGAGCUUCAGACACAAGAAGAACCUAACUGAGCAUAUCCGGAGUCACACCGGAGUGAAACCAUUUAGCUGUGGUGACUGUGGGACAAGCUUCAAUCAAAAGGUUUCUCUUAAAAGGCAUGUACUGACUCACACAGGGGAGAAAUCGUUUGUUUGUGGUAACUGCGGGAAAAGAUUCAGACAGAAGGUUAGCCUUAACAGGCAUAUGCAGACUCACACAGGAGAGAAAUCAUUUGUCUGUGGGAACUGUGGGAAAAGCUUUAGACACAAGGGGACCCUAACUGCGCAUCUACUGACUCAUACAGRAGAGAAACCAUUUAGCUGUGGUGACUGCGGGAAAAGCUUCAGACAGAAGGUUACCCUUAACAGGCAUAUAUGGGCUCAUACAGGAGAGAAACCAUUUAGCUGUGAUGACUGCGGGAAAAGUUUCAACAAGAAGGGGAACCUAACUGUUCAUUUACUGACACACACAGGAGAAAAAACGUUUAACUGUGUUGACUGCGGGAAAAGCUUUGGACUCAAGGAAAACCUACCUGUGCAUUUGCAGACUCACAAAGGUACAGGAGAGAAACCAUUUCGCUGUGGUGACUGUGGGAUAAGCUUCAGACACUAAUUGAACCUGGACAGUAAUAUAUAGAACAUCCACAAAGAAAGAAAACAGGACAAAAUUGGAUAAAAUAAAGACAGAUCAGGGGAGUAUCAGGAGAUGGGAAUAAGAAGGCUGGAUAUGGACAACUCUGUUAGGAAGGCAAAGCAACUCUGGAUCAUUCAUGUUGUAGGUUUAAGAUAAAUAUACUGUAUGUGUGAUUCAUUUAUUUUUGUAAAAUGAGUUUGAUUUAAUUUCAUGGUCAAAGAGUACAGAGUAUUGUAGGAAACCAGUCAUGGUCUGUGAGGAAACUCACACGUCUGUUGUUCAAAGUAUGUUGAUGUUUUCACCCUAUUAGAAACAGGAAUUCCUGGUUGUUUUUUUAUGUCUCUCAGGGCUGUGAGAGAAUGGCAAGACAGAUGUUAUCAACAUAUUAAACAUGUUAUAAUGUUCAGGGGAAAAGGGGGGGGGUGAACUAAUGAACCAAUCAUUGACUCAAGUCCCUCAUUAGAAACAGCUGUGGUAGUGCUGGGCUGAAACAUAAAUAUGCACUCCCUGGUGAUCCCCCGGGAAUGUAUUGAGGAACACUGUUCUAUUAUGUUCUCUAGAGUCCUGAUGGAUUUCAUAACAAUGGAAACUCCCUCCAGCCAAUGCUUUCACCAACUCAAUGCUUUGAAAUCCUUUACCGGGAGUGUUCAAGUGCACACUUUGAGAGAAGUAUGGAGAAUUGGGAUGCAAACAACGGGAGAAUCUCAAUUGGGUUGCUUGACUCCUCGCGUCCUCACCUCUGUUCUCUCCUCGCCUUUUGAAAAAGGUAAUCGAGGAGAGGUGUCUCCACUUGAGUUUCAUGAGGUAUGCAAUCAACGCUAACCCGGUUCACCUGGGGCAUUAAUCGAAUCGCCUCAGUUUCUGGGUCACAGAGGAGAGGAGGAUGGAUGAGUCGAGGAGAGGACGGACUUGAGAAGCCCAAUUGAGAAUCUCCCUAGAGCUCAUGUACGCACCAACAAUCCACAAUAUAUUAUCUUUGUUCAUUUACAAAUAAAUAACCAAAUAACA